UUUUUGUAUAUUUUUGAAUAUUAAAAAUUGAGUAAGUAACAAAUGCCUAAUUCAAAAUUUUCAAAACCUUAACUGAAGACCGCUGGUAAGAGAACUGAACGCCGCUGAGCCUCUUGCCGUCGCCGGAACCUCUCUCCGCCGCCGGUCUCUGUCACCACUCGCCGUGUCCCUCCUCGCUGAAGCUUAGAGAUUUAAGGAGGCAUGUUUUAUCUGAGUGUAUUAGAACACACACUGAGGUUGCCGCCUCAUCUCCUGAACCUUCCACUCAAUGAAGCAAUCAAAGGAGAGCUUGAGGGUCUCUUCGUGGAUAAGGUUAUUGCAAAUUUGGGCCUCGGCAUAUCUAUUUAUGAUAUUCGCUCCGUAGAUGACGGUUUUAUCUAUCCAAGUGAAGGUGCCUCCACAUAUAAGGUCAAGUUUAGACUGGUAGUGUUUCGCCCAUUUGUAGGAGAAGUAAUAAGUGCUAAACUCAAAGAGUCCAAUGCAGAGGGUUUGCGCUGUAAGCGUCGAAGAAUGUUGUCACUUGGAUUUUUCGAUGACAUUUAUGUACCCGCACCUCUAUUGCCAGAUCCAUCACGUUCUGAGCCUGAUCCUGAAAACAAGAACCAAGUUAGGUGGAUAUGGAAGUUUGAUGAACUAGAUUAUCCUAUUGAUGGCAUAGAUGAGAUUAGAUUCCAAGUCCAUAAUGUUAGUUAUCCAUCAAUGCCACUGGAGCAAGAUAAAGAUUCAAAACCAUUUGCACCGAUGGUCAUAAAGGGAUCUCUUGAUGCUGAUGGCCUUGGACCAAUUUCAUGGUGGAUAUAGCAGAAUUGUUGUAUAUUUUUUGGACAUCAUGAGAGAGCAGCAAAAUGAGCUAGAAGAGCCAUUUUCAAGUAGUAUUCGAUUGAUUAUGUAUUAAUCAAUAUUCGAUUGAUUGAUUUGAGUUUAUGUGACACAAAAGAUUUGUCUAAGUCACUUCGAUAGAAAGGAAGGAAUAGUCUGUAUAUUUCGUUGGGGAUUUCUGGGAAAAAAUCAUUGCAGAUUCUUCCAAUUCCUUGUAAAAGAUAUUUAAUCCGUUAGAAUAGAAUUAAAGAGGAUAUUUAUGCCAAUUAAAAGGAUUUUCAAUUUAA